CCCUAUGACAUCUGUCAAGUCAAAUUCGAGGCGACUCAAACCGGGUUGGUUUUGGAGAAGGAGUCCAUAUCAUAUUACUCAUAUAAACCUCCUGCACUUGGAAGCGGCCUAAUUAACAUUGUGUGUACGUUGUGAAAUCCGACUUAGCUUCCGGUUUGGCGUAGAGAGCUAACAACGGAUUUCAUCAAAUAAAAGCUCAGUUUGUAGAGUUUUAUUUGAUUUGAGAAUAGUCUCGGAAUCAUAGCGUCUAUCAAUUGAUUGAAUUGAGCGAAAGCGUUGGUUAUUUUCUAAUAUAUUUUUCGGGCAAAACAUUAACAUUUUCACAGGCCAAAAUGAACGAACUCGUUUGGGGCAUCAAAAACGGCGAAUUAGAUCAAGUUCGCGACAUUGUGGAGAAUAAGAAAAUUGAUUUAAAUGCUGAAAUAAAUGGACGAUGCCCUCUUCACUACGCAGCAGAUUAUGGUCAGGCGGACGUUUUAGGAUAUCUUAUUGGCAAAGGAGCGAAUGUUAAUUCUGUGGAUAAGCAUGGCAUUACAGCAAUAUUGGCUGCUAUUUGGGAAGGACACACAGAAUGCGUGAAAAUCCUAUUGCAAAAUGGUGCAACAAAAGAUGGCUCCGCGCCCGAUGGCACCCCGUAUAUAGACGCAGCAGAAAAGCCGGAAAUCAAGGAACUUCUCAAAUAGGACUUGUCGCUUUUUAUUUUUUUUUUAUUGGAACAAAGCAAAAGAAAAAUCUAUUUCACAUUCAUUUUCCAUAGUGUUUCUACUCAUAUUUCUAUUUUAGGAAAAUAAGAGAGAGGGAGCAGUCAGGGCCUCUCGUUCAGCUAGUUCACUUAGAUAUUUUCUAUUUUUUUUUUUUUUUUGUGCAUUCCUCCCUUAAUUUGGACUCAGUAAGAUUGAAAUUCGCUCCUUAAUUUUCUCUCGAAGAGCGGUAUAAAUUUUUAGCCAACCAUUGCUUAUAAACAAGCAAGAACUACACAUUCUUAACAACGGUAAAAAAAAAACGUUGGGCACAAGCCAAAGAAAGGAUAGCUCAAAUGGAAACCACUACAUCACUACAUUACGCGACUGUCGCAGCGACAAUAUAGGAUUUUGCAUAUAAGCGUUUUCAAUGCAACGAAAUAACUGUUCUUUUCCAAUUUCAAUUCAAUAUUAUAUCGUUGUAAAGCAUUCACACGAAAUAAAUGUAAAACUAAAAUUAUUUAUUAUUCAAAAUGAAGCUACUAUAAGGGAUGGACAUGGAGUGGAAAACGGAAAAUAAUACAAAUGCGGGAAAGUCAUUAUUAUUAUACGAAACCGAACAUCAAUUCCAAAGCACGCAGAGAACUUGGGGGAGAAAGACAGUUUAUAUUAACGUUUUGCCGACAAUAUGAUGACGUGAUAGAAAGUAAAAAUAAGGAUGCGAUUGUUUAGAUUUUAUUAUAUUCGAAUUGCUUAUGAGAAGUAGCGUGCUUUUUUUGUAUUUAGAUUUUUACAUUUUACUUCAAUUUCUUUUUUUGUCAUUUUUCUUAGAUUGAUACAUUUAAAAUGUAUUUUUUUCCACGUAAUUAAUUGUGAUUUUAUUUUAAACAUACGUUGAAUUUAUAAACCAAAAUAAAUUUCGGAUAAAAAA